CCAGACUUAACAGUAAACGAUACGAAGAACCCUUUUUCUCCUUAGCAUCACUGUAAUUGUAGUUCCCAAGAGAAAUCCAAAAUCUAUAUUUAUUCUUCUCAAAACCCUUUCUUUAUUCUACCAAGAUGGGUGAGGAAUCGCAGAAUCCAAUUCCUCAAGCUUACCAUAAUAAUUCAUCAUUAUACACAAUUGCAACGGACAUUGAAUCUGCUGCCCAGAAUGUCCUUCUACGUGAACAAGAAAUUGAAACCCAGAGAGUCAUACAAGGUCAAAGAGAGGCAGCAGAAGCAGGUGCACUUCCAAAAGAUGAUAAAGAUAUUUUUGCUGAACGCCGUGAUCCUAAUGCACUAAAGGAGCAUCUCCUAAAAAUGACCACCGAACAUCGCUCAGAAAUGGCAUCAAAGCAUGGGAAACCUGCUGUUUCUGAACAAGGUCAUGUAGAAAUUGGUAAUGGUUAUGGUGUACCAGGUGGAGGUGCAUAUUAUGGUUCUUUGAGGCCUGAGCUUGAUAGAGAGUCAGAAAAGAAGCCUGCUACUAGAGAACUUCCUGCGUACCUUGAGCAGAAGUUGAGAGCAAGGGGUAUUCUUGAUAAUGACACAGAAAAAGGCUGUCUGUCAAAUGAUGAAAAUAAUCAACCUGUUGAAGUUGGAAAGUUGCCUCCUGGAUGGGUAGAAGCAAAAGAUCCCGCCACUGGUGUUUCAUAUUAUUACAAUGAAAGCAUUGGAAAGAGUCAGUGGGAAAGGCCGAUUGAAUCAUCUUUAAUUACGCACAUUCCAUCACUUCUACCUCUUCUAGGGGACUGGGUGGAGUCGGUAGAUGAAACUACUGGCUAUAAAUAUUACUACAAUACGAAGACCCAUGUAUCACAGUGGGAACAUCCUGAUUCAUCUCAGUUUGUUGCCUCACAAAAACAAUCUAACAGCACAGAUUCCGGAAAUUAUCUUGCUUGGGAUGGUCAAUCGUCUGAGCUAAAGAAAUGCAUGGGAUGUGGUGGAUGGGGAGCUGGCCUUGUGCAGGCAUGGGGCUACUGCAAUCAUUGCACAAGAGUUCUCAAUCUUCCAGAGGGUCACAGCUUAACAUCUAGCUCGAACAACCAGCAGCAGAGCAGUAAAAUUGGGAAUAUCAAAGUUGAUAUUGAUAGAAAGGCUUCACAGCAUAGGUUCAAUUGGAAACCUUCUAUGGGCAAAGGAAAUAUAAAGGAUGGCAGAAAACGUGCCUACACUGAAGAUGAUGAGUUGGACCCCAUGGACCCAAGCUCUUAUUCAGAUGCUCCCCGUGGUGGCUGGGUUGUUGGCCUGAAAGGAGUGCAGCCACGAGCAGCUGAUACCACUGCUACGGGUCCUCUAUUUCAGCAGCGGCCAUACCCAUCACCUGGAGCUGUCUUGCGAAAGAAUGCUGAAAUUGCUUCACAAACCAAGAAAUCUAGCUCUCACUAUGCACCCAUCUCCAAGAAGGGGGAUGGGAGUGAUGGGCUAGGUGAUGCUGAUUGAGGAUCUGAUGUGAGUGAACUGAAUUUGGGGAAAUGGAUGGUCACUUUAGGGCAAGAAUAUCUGAGCAGAAGAACUAUGUUGCAUCUGUAAGAAAAGUAUAAUCUUCUGAGCUAGAGUGAAAAAGGAACGUAGUCCAUGAUGGUUAUGUAUUUAUGUUCUCGAGUUUACCUAAAAUUUUGCUUGUCUGGAACAAGUUGGAAUCAGUUUCAUGGCUGUCCAAAUUGCAAGAGCAUUAAUAGCCUGUCUGUCUCCGGACAAAAUGAAACAAAUUCCAAUUCUAGUCUGGUCAGUGAUUUGAUGUAUUUACUUUCUUCUUUGAUUUCUUUUUGUAUUUGUUUUUUGUCUUCUAUUUUUGUUAGUGUUUAUCUAAUGGCAUAGUAGGUGUAAGUUCUGGUGUAUAAAAUUUUUCUUUUCUUUUUCUUUUCUUCAAACCAGAUUAAUGAAAUUUAAAUGAAUAUGAUA